AUGUCUUCAAUCGCUGCUUUCCAGCUCCGUCGGGCCUUUGCCCGCCCCGCCGCCUUCCGCACGCCCGCUACCCGUCGCUUCGCCAGCACCUCCAAGGUCGAGGAGGCCGGUCUCGACAAGGGUCCUAAGCGGGAUCCCGAGCUUUACGUCCUGCUCGGUGUUAUGUCUGGUGCUUUCCUGAUUGCUGGAUGGUACUUCGGCCGCAAGCCCACCACCGUCACCUCCGAGAGCAACGUCCGUAUCGGCGAGUCCGCCAUGCCCUGGGACCGCCCCUCUGAGGACGGCAAGGUCUACAAGUACCAGUACCACCCCCACGGUGACAAGAACCAGCCUCUUCGUGACGCCCCCAGCGCCCUUAACACUGUCAUCGUUCCCAACGUGACUCUGCCCGCGGACCUCCACGAGCGCUUCAACAAGUACGGCAAGGAGGAGUAUGACUACUAG